AUGCGUUCAAGAUCUCCAUCACGUAAGGAAACCUCUCGACUCAAGGCUAUCGCGGACCGAGUACUCAUAACAUCACAGGAACCCCGACGUGUGGAACGAGGUUGAAUUCCCUAGCGAGUCCGUGAAGAAGGAGUUGACGCACUACAUCAGCAAGAGACUUACUCCUCACCCGACCAAGGUCCGUGCCGAUAUUGAGGUUACCUGCUUCGGUUACGACGGUAUCGAUGCCGUCAAGGAUGCCCUGCGCACCGCCGAGGCCAACAACACCCCUGAAACCCAGAUCAAGGUUAAGCUGGUUGCCCCGCCACUCUACGUCUUGACCAGCCAGUGCUUGGACAAGGCUAUUGGUAUUCAGAUGCUCGAGGAGGCCAUUCAAAGGAUCGAGGCCAGGAUCAAGGAGUCUGGCGGUGGCUGCAUCGUUAAGAUGGCUCCCAAGGCUGUUACUGAGCACGAUGAUGCUGCUCUUCAGGAGCUCAUGGAGAAGCGUGAGCGUGAGAACAUGGAAGUCAGCGGCGACGAGAGCAUGUCCGAGAGCGAUGAGGGCGUUCCCGAGUAAAUUGCCUGCGGCAAGCUUAGCGACAGCGUGUGAAGCUUGAGGGUUCGCUUCGACGGCGACAUGAGAAACAAGCAGGACGCUUCACGAACUGGUGUUGGAGGGUAUCGCAGACUGGAGAUUGAAGGCGAUCAUAUACGUGUGUCGGGUAGGGCGUGGAAAAAAAGUUCAAUAGAGUUUCUGGACAUGACACGAUUUAUGAGACGCAAGUACGGUUUAAUGUGCGAUGUGCGACGGGUGAAAUCGAGAUCAUCGGCGGGGUAUGAAGACGAUCGGAAGGGCCUCAUCCCAUCCAAAGGCCUUUCUUUCCCAUAAGGUGAUAAUGACAUGCACAUUGUCCCUUGUAUUGUUGAUCAGUGGAUGUUGCUUGACUCUCUGUUGGUGAGUGGCUUUAGCCCAACAGGAGCCCUCCCACGUUUUGAUGUACAUAAGCUUCUUUGAUCAACGAACGGUUCAACCCCAGUGGCCGUUUCAGAUACUGAUUUAUAAGUCCUUCUCUUCCGGA